AUGGCCAUCACGACGAAUUGGGCUUUGUAUCUCCUUGCUGCCAAUCCAGAAGUUCAGGAAUGGUUACGCGAGGUGAUACUUGCUGUGGUUAUCAAGGAUGAUAAUAUUCAAUCGAAAUAUCAAGAGUAUUAUCCGAAAUUGAAUCGUUGUCUAGCUGUUCUGCUCGAAACUCUUCGGCUCUUUAACCCCCUGAUAGGAAUCGCUAAAUUAACAGGUGCGGAACCGCAACCUCUUACACUCAAUGGAAAAACCAUCGUCAUCCCAUCAAAUACGCACCUGAUACCUAAUAUCAACGCAAUGCACUCGCACCCGAAAUAUUGGGGUCCUGAUGCACUUAUCUGGCGUCCUAAUCGUUGGGUUCUCAGCCGGGAUUUAGAUUCCGAAACUCAAAGUCAAGAGGAAAACCUUCCGAAUAAAUCGAUUAAUCCCAAAUCAACACCAGAAGAAGAAUUUCUCUUCUCGCCACAGAAAGGUACGUAUGUUCCUUGGUCAGAAGGAGCACGCGCGUGUCCGGGGAAAAAAUUCGGGCAGGUAGAGUUUGUGGCGACGAUGGUUUCGUUGUUUAGAAAAGAUCGGAUUGAGGUGGUUCCUGAAAAGGGAGAAAGUCUUGAAGAGGCAAGGAAAAGAGCCGAGAAGAGUGUAUGGGAUAGUGAGAUUGUUUUGUUGUUACAGAUGAAGAAACCGGAAUUGCUCCGAGCUCUUCACCCAAGCUCUACAUCCACCGAACCUAUUCUCUCAGUUGGUCUUUCGUCAGGUCAUGUACAAUGUUUUCGAUUGCCGGCUGCUGAAGCUGCUGCCGAGGAUGAAGAUGGAGAUACGAGUGUGGUGAGUACGGGGACUAGUACUAUCGAUACGGAAUGGAGAACUAGGAGACACAAGGGAAGUUGUAGGACUUUGGGGUAUAGUCAUGAUGGUGAAGUUCUCUACUCCGCCGGCACCGAUUCCCUCCUCAAAGGCGCCGCAUCUUCCACCGGCCAAGUAAUCUCCAAAAUCCUCAUCCCGAACACCAACACCGAUAAACUCGAUCCUCCCACCCUUCUCCAUGCCCUCUCCCCUCAAACUCUCCUCCUAGCCACCGAUUCCUGCGCUCUCCAUCUCUACGAUCUCCGCGACAAUUCUUCUUUCAAAUCUGAUACGGUUAAAGUUUGGCAAGAAAAGGUCGAGGAAGAAGAGGAAGAAGAAGAAGAGGAAGAGGAAGAGCAAGAAGAUAUCGAGGAUAAAGACGAUGUCAUGGGUGAUGGUGGAAAACGCGCAUUGGAAAAAGACAGUGAUGAUAGUGAUGCCAAGGCAGAUAGCAGUGAUGAGGAAGAUGGUGGCCGCAAGAAACGCAAGAAGAAGAAGAGGGGAAAGAAAGGUCAGGUUGAAAAUGGAAUUUUGAAGUUCAAGGGCAUGGAGUAA